AUGAGAGUUUCCGGUAUCAUACUCUUCUUCGUCGGCUUUGUCGAGUCCAAGCUCGUCAUACGCAUCAUCUUCAACGUAUCCCAUAUCGGUCUUGGUUCCCUUACCGGCCAUCUUGAAGUAGUUAACCCAGAUGGUUCCCAAAUUGUCCCAUUUUUCUGUGUCCUGGGCGUUGAAAGAAACAAUUUGUCCCUUUGGAAUCAGCUCGUUGGUUCCACCACCGAUCACAUCGUAAGCGCACCAAAGGACUCUGGACGCUUACAGGUAAGGAAACCUGAGUUAAACCACAUGUCUGGCCAUUUCGCCAAAGAAUCUGUUUUUAGUGAUGCCCUCGCUAGGGGUUUUCAGUUGGAGAUAGUUGCGAUCGUCAUCGUUAUUGAGAUAUUGUCUGAAGAAUUUCAUGAUUCCCUCGUAAAGGAACGAGUUGGCUUCUCUGUCUCUGAAGAAGAGCGUCUUUGUGUCUCUGUAAGCAGGCAAUUGGAAGUAUUGUUCAAUGUUAAGCAAUGGAAUAGUAUCGGUAUCAAGAACAAUGAUCUCUUCGUACGAACUGAACAAGUAGGCCAGCAGCUUCAUAUACCAUCUUUGGAAGUAGUGCUUGUAACGGAAGAUGAUUGUUUUGGAGACGUCCACAAACGUGAGGUCAAGAGUUGGGGUCUUGGUAAACUUAGUUCCCUUAGGAAGUCUCAUCACUGGGUCUGUAGCAACCUCAACAAGUUUCUUAAUCGAGUUCAGGCUCAAGUCAUUGUUGUGGAAAAUCUGUAA